UAAGUGGCCCGCGUGCAGCACGUAUAUAGCACGUUGUAUAUCCGAUUUGGUUCGCUAUGUACGCACUAGUUCGCUUUCUAGAUAACGACCACGCACAUGACACUCGCCGGUACGUUGUGCCAGUGGACGAUAUCCGCGAUUUUCAUCCGAAGCACGAGACAGACUUUGACGGCAAGGCAGUGUAUGUUGUGCACUUGGUGGACAAUGUAGACAGCGACAACACGGGUGAUUAUACAGCGCAAAUACUUCGACUUGGUGCCACAGAGAAAGAAGCUCGCGAAUCGCCGAAAAGAAUCCCGAUCCCUAAAAUGAUGGUUCAUCAAAACUUGGACGAUGACGAAGCUGUGGCCAAGAAGGCCACUGCAGCAAGAAACAAAAGAACAGCUUUCAACCGGGCUGCAGCAAAGAAAGACCGGUACGAGCAGAUUCUGAAAAAACAGAUGAGCCACGCUCUCGGAAAAAACUCGGAACAAACUCAAAAAAGGCGACAAAGUUCAUCAUCAAGCUCAGAUGACUCCCUCGUAUCCAGCUCAGAAGUGAAAGAAGAAAAGAAAAAAACCAAACUUUGGAAAGAGAGAUGCAAGGAGCUGCGACAGGACAAUAUGUUCCUGCAAGAACAAGUUAGAUCACAGCAGGUGCUAUUAAAUUCAAAAUUCCUGAGGUUUGAAGACCUGCAGCACCGCAGAGAGCCUUGGCGUUGAAAGCUCACCUGUACAAGCUACAAAAGAGACGGCAAAGGCCACAAGCAACCUAGGUGCAUAUCGAUUUUUGCUU